AUGCUAAGCCCUUUCUGCGCCGCCGUUCGAGAAAGGGGUUGUUUUAGAUUUGACGCCGCGGGGCCACUCCGGCCGGCAGGUAAGCGCCAGAAGCUCCUGCGGGAGGCAAAAGGAGCGCAGGUCUGUAGCCGGACCGGGACUGUCCCUUGGAGCGGAAUCGGAGCGCUUUUCUUCGCCUUCUCUCUUGUCAAACUGGGCGGCCUGAAAAUGGAGGAAAUUCUGCAGGACGCCUUGGAGCCCCCGCCGCCGCCCUCUUUCUCUACCCCGAUGCUGGGGAGAGCCGCCAGGCCGCGCUCAGUGUGCGAAGGCUGCCGAGGCGUCAUCGCGGAGCGGUUCUUGCUGCGCCUCAACGACCGCCUGUGGCACGAGCGGUGCGUGCGCUGCGCCUCCUGCCGAGAACCCCUGGAAAGCAGCUGCUUCUACCGGGAGCAGAAGCUUUACUGCCGCCUGGACUACGAGAAGAUUUUUGCAGUGAAGUGCAACAACUGUUUGGAAGCAAUUACACCCAGUGAGUUUGUUAUGCGAGCUCAGAAAAGUGUGUACCAUAUAGGCUGCUUCUGCUGUUGUGUCUGUGAGAAACAGCUUCAGAAGGGAGAUGAAUUUGUCCUUAAGGAUGGCCAACUGCUGUGCAGGAAUGACUAUGAGAAGGAACAUGAAAGGCUCAGCAUUGGAAGUCCAGCCCCAUCGGAUUCUGGUAAAAGUGAUGUUGAAGCAAGCUUCUGCAAAAUGGAAGAGACUGGGAAAGCAUCUGAGGAGAUCAGGGAUCAUAAACGGCCCAAGCGGCCCCGGACAAUCCUAACCACACAGCAACGCCGAGCAUUUAAAGCAUCAUUUGAAGUAUCUUCUAAGCCAUGUAGGAAGGUAAGAGAAACAUUAGCAGCUGAGACAGGUCUUAGUGUCCGAGUUGUACAAGUCUGGUUCCAGAAUCAAAGAGCUAAGAUGAAAAAAUUAGCAAGGCGACAACAACAGCAACAGCAAGAUCAGCAAAACACACAAAGAUUCAGUGCAACUCAGACAAGCAAUGGCAACAGCACUAAUUUUGAAGGAAUCAUGAAUUCAUACACAACUUUGCAACCAGCCUCACAACAAAUGUUGGUUAUUGAUCAUAGUGUCUACAACUCAGAUUCCUUCCAGCAAGGACUUACUCCCCCACAGAUGCCAGGGGACCACAUGCACCCUUAUGGUUCUGAACCCAUUUUCUGUGAGAUGGAUAGUGAUGACACCUCCUUCAGCAACCAGAGCAACUGUUUCUUAGCAACUACAGAACCUGGGCCCUUACAAUCAACAGUGGGCAAUCCCAUUGACAACCUGUACUCGAUGCAUAGCUCCUACUUUACAUCUUGA